GCCGAUACCGUCAUUGAGAACGUCGAGCCAUCGCCGCCGUCGUCCAACCCGUUACGUAAGCCUAUCCGAGAACGCCGAGCCGUUGCCGCCGUCGUCCAACCCGUUACGUAAGUCUAUCCGAGAACGCCGAGCCGUCGCCGCCGCCGUCACCCGACUGUACCCCGUUGUACCAUCACGACCGGAGCAGUACGACAUCCACGAGGCUGCCCCACAGACAUAUACCUCAUACCAAUCCACAGACCCACAUCGUGAGUUCAAUGUAUGAUUCCCACCACUAAAUGUAUUCCCAGAUAAAUCAUUUGUAUUUUUGUAAACUCUUUUAAUAUUGAUCAGUAAAAGAAAAUAUUGUAAAAAUUGGAUCAAAAAUAUUGUUAAAAUAUUAGUUGAUGAAAAUAAACGAAUUAUUCAAGUAUAACCUAAAAGACAACCGUCUGUUUUCAUUACAUUGGCGCCCAACUGCAGUGCUCGAUUAGGAAGAAAUUCCACUUCGACCUACGAGAAGAAAACUACAUCGUUUUUAGAAGAAAAACUACUUCGUGUCAAUUAAGAAGAAAACUACAUCUCUAACAAUGGCACCGAAGAAAAACAUAUCCGAAGAGGCUUUCAACGCGUUCAGAGCGGAAGUGGAGAGAAACGGUCAAUAUUUAGCUGACCAGCUGUUGCAGAAAAUUUACAAGUUAGAAGAAAAGUGCAACAACCUGGAAGACGAGAGUAACCGGAAAAUCGGAGAAGUUGCGGAAAACUACGAAAGGAAAAUCGAUUUGAUUGAAGCUCAACUCCAUGAUAUAAAACUGAAAUAUGAGAAUAGCAGUAGACAACCAGUACAUAAUGAAUGUAACAAUAAAAAGGAACAAAUACACAACACUGAGAUAUCGCGUCCGAUAUUCUAUGGAAACAACCGCGAUGGACACCCAAUAGAUUUUCUGUACCGACUGGAAGAAUAUUUUGCAGUAAAACAAUCAUACGUCGGUGAGAAAAUAAUUAUUGUGGGUGAUUGUUUAAAAGGAACCGCAUCAAAUUGGUUUUCUACCAUCCGAUUCCAACUCACCAAUUAUGAUGAUUUCAAGAAGGCGUUUAUUGACGAAUUUUGGUCCAGGGAAAUACAAAUCCAGGUAUGGAGUCAAUGUCUGAGUACAAAGCACAUACCAAACAACACCAACUACCGUGAACAUUUUGCCACGUGGGCAACCAAACUUCGACACUUAGAAGUACCACGAUUGUCUGAGAACGAAAUUGUAAAGCACAUAGCAAGACACUACCCAGGAUACCUCAGAGCAAUAUUGGUGUCACUACCCGAAUGUACGAUACUCACAGCCAUGAAGAUACUAGGUGAGGAAGAGCAAAGUGAUCAACCCACGGAAAACAAAGCAAAUAAUCAAAAAACUAACCAAAACGAAUCCAACAACAACAGCCAUACUCAAAACAACAACAGUUGGAACAACCAGCGGAGUAAUGGUUGGAGCAAUAUGCCACCACGCAAUAACCGUUGGAACAACCAACCAUACCGCAGCAAUGACAAGCGAGGAGAGACCCAACAAAACAGCACACCACAAACGGAAAAAAUCCAACAGGUGGCAACGAAUAGUGAAGAGCAAGCAGGAUCUAGUGGCAAUGAACAACAUGCAAUCAACUCAUUGAAUACCACUAAUCAAUCAGUUAGUCCGUAUAUUCAAUGUACAAUAGAAGGGGAGGAAGUCACCCUACUCAUCGACACUGGAGCGACAAUCAGUGUACUGACGAAGGAGGUGGUAGAUAUUAUCACUAACAAAAAUCCAAAAAUCCCACAGCUUCCAGUGACCGGGAUCCAAAUCAGUAACGCGGUCGGAAAAAAGAUAUGCAAAGUAUCAAAGCAGAUUUUCUGUGAGUGCAAAAUAGGGAACGAGUAUAUCCAAACCAAUUUCAUUCAGGUGGAGAAUCUCAAUGAAAAAGGGAUAAUUGGAGCUGAUAUAUUGAAAAAAUAUGACGCUCAAAUCAAAUUCAAAGAACAAGUUAUUCAAUUCAAGAUUGACCAGACCAUACACAAAAUACCGUUCGCCAACCAAAACCCAAGAGUGAUCAGCGCCCAGGAGCACUUACUCAAUGUAGAGAUAAACGAAAGUCCAGAAGAAGACCAAGUAGAUCUUACCAGUGAUGAGAAACAACAAUUUAUAUCAUUACUCGACAAAUAUGAUGAAAUAUUUUCAGACAAACCAGGGAAAAUUAAAACAUUCCAGUGCCAGAUACGAGUGAAGGCAGGGGACCCUAUCCAUCAAAAACAGUAUCCCAUACCAGUGUCCAGGAUACCCAAAGUGGACGCAGAAAUACAGAGAAUGCUCAAAUUAGAAAUUAUUGAAAAAUCUACAUCACCAUGGUCAUCACCGAUUGUUUGCACAGAGAAGAAAAAUGGCGACAUCCGGCUCUGUCUUGAUGCACGGAAAAUCAACACCAUGAUUAUACCAGACCGGGAGUGCCCCACCAACAUGGAGGAGACACUGAUGAAGUUCCGCGGCAUGAAGUACCUUAGUUCUAUUGAUCUCACCGCCGGAUACUGGCAAUGUCCAUUAAAAGAGGAGUGUAGGGAGAUAACACAUGUGCCAGGUCGAGAAAAUGUCGGAGCUGACACAUUGACUCGUUACCCGCAAUCACCCACGGACGAAAUGUCGAUAAAAGAUCGGACCAUCGUCAUCAACAAAUUAGCCAUAUUAAACUACAGUCCAGAACUAAGGGAGAAAUUCAAGGAACGGCACACAGUACAACAAGCCGACGAAUAUAUUACCAAGCUGAAACAGCGACUAGAUCGCCGAGCAGAUCACAACUUAAUCGAGCAUAAUCAAUUGCUGUUCCGCAAAUCCCACCAAGGGGAAUAUCAGGUCAUUGUGCCGAAAGAACUCGUACAACCACUUGUCGUCGAGACGCACCAGAUCUACGGACAUUGCGGUACUUAUAAAACAUACAAACUGCUACAACAAAAUCACCAAUUCAAAAACAUGUAUCAAACGAUCAAAAGGAUCAUCAAAACCUGUGAUCUUUGUCAGCGGACCAAAAUCAGCAACCGGAUAGCCAGGGGACCGACACUGAGUCUGUUGCCAGAGAAGCCACUCGAAAUGGUAUCGGCAGACCUGAUGGGACCACUACCCAGGGGACAAGGAGGGUGCCGAUACAUCCUAGCCAUUUUGGACCUAUUCUCUAAGUACGUUAAGCUAUAUCCACUAAAACGCGCAACAACGGACACUAUAGUCAAGAGGAUAGUGACGGAUUACAUACCAACGGUUGGACUGUUCCAGAAGAUUCUCACGGACAAUGGAACGCAGUUUACAAGCCAUAAGUGGAGUAGGAUCAUGGAAGGAUUAAAAGUCAAAAUUGUACAUACCACUGGAUACCACCCUGAAAGUAACCCGGUGGAGCGAACGAACCGAGAAAUUGGUAGGUUACUACGAACAUAUUGUCACAAACAGCAUACCAACUGGUUGCGAUGGUUGAACAAUAUUGGAUUUUGGGUUAACCACACCAAUCACUCAUCCACCGGCUACACGCCUCAAUAUGUGAUGUUUGGACAAAACACCCAACUGCCCAUCACCAAACUCGUCACUUUCCCACCAUACAAAGAUGAUCAACCUGUCCCGGAUGUCAUUCAGAUCGUGAUCAAGAAGACUCAGAAACAGGCACAAUUGCGAAACAGAUUAAAGGACAAAGGCAAAACUUUUCCGAAAUACGAAGUCGGAAUGAAAGUACUAGUCAAAGAACACCGGCUAUCGUCAGCUGAGGACCACGAGACGCAUAAGUUAUUCUUAUUGUACCACGGGCCCUAUCAGAUCCACGAAGUACACCAAAACAAUACGGUAACCAUACGUAGUCAGAGUGGAACCCAACGCACAUACAACUUAAAAAAUAUCAAACUGUACCACGAAGUGGGACGGCCUGCUGGGGUACCAGUUGAACAUUAACAAUUAUACAAGA